GUUUGAUGGAUAGUACAGCAAGCUAAGUAGUCGACGUUCGCAGGCUGCACCACCAGAUACAGCCAACAAGAGUUUGCGCGUGUUCACUUAAACCUAGCCGCUGCAGGGAGAGGAAGUGUGGUGACGUCGCUGUUAACACGCAGGUCUCGGUCGCAUACGGUCUCCAAAAUGUCCUCGUCGCCUUUGCUGCUCCUCAGCCUGUGCGUGGCCCUGGGGGCUGCGGUGGAGAUCCAGCGGCCACGAGGGGUCCCGCUGUCCAAGCGGCAGUUCUACCCGGAGGACAAGCCCUUCACGUGUCUGGAUGGGUCCCGCACCGUUCCCUUCGACCGCGUCAACGAUGACUACUGCGACUGUACGGACGGCUCGGAUGAGCCCGGGACGGCGGCCUGCCCCAAUGGCAGCUUCCACUGCACCAAUGCCGGCUUCAGACCCUCCUUCAUCCCCUCCUCUCGUAUCAACGACGGCGUCUGUGACUGCUGUGACACCACCGAUGAGUAUAACAGUGGAGCUGUGUGCCAGAACACCUGCAGGGAAAUGGGACGCAAAGAGAGGGAGAGUCUACAGAAGAUGGCGGAGAUCACCAAGGAAGGCUUCCUCCUGAAACAGCAGCUCAUCGAAGAGGCCAAGAAAGGCCUGCAGGAGAAACAGAGAAAGCUGACGGAGCAGCAGGAGAGCAAGAAAACGCUGGAGGAGAAGGUGGAGGCUCUGAGGACCGUUAAGGAGACCGCAGAGCAGCCAGAGAAAGAGGCUAAAGAGCGCCACCUGAAGGCAUGGGAAGAGCAAAAAGCCGUCCUGAGUCUGGAGAAGGACAAGGCCAAGAUGGCCGAAGCCUUUCUGGAACUGGAUGACAACGCAGAUGGCUUUGUGUCUGUUGAAGAGUUACAGUCUCAUCCUGAACUGGACACAGAUGGUGACGGUACUCUGAGUGAAACUGAGACGCAGGGGUUGCUGGGAGGAGCUGACAGAGUAGACACCACAGCAUUCCAGACCAUAUGGAGCAGCUUGAAGGAUAAAUAUCAGUCAGAAUCACAGCCCGAGGCUCCGCCCCCAGUAGAGACCCCGCCCGAGGAGCCGCUGGACGCCGGGGCUGACAGUGACGCGGAGCGAUACCCUGAGGAAGACCUCGGGGACGACGCAGAAGACGACGACGACGACGACGAGGAGGAUGAUCAUGAAGAUGACGACGACAAGGCGCAGCCUCCUGCUCGCACAGAGCAGAAGGGAGCAGAAGAGGAAGGAGCCAUGCCGCCUUACGAUGAGGAGACCCAGGCUCUGAUUACAGCUGCUCAGAAAGCUCGAGAUGAGUUUGAAGAGGCUGAGAGAUCGCUUCGUGAAAUGGACGAUCAGAUCAAGUCUCUGGAUAAAGAGAUCUCCUUUGACUUCGGUCCCAGUGCUGAGUUUGCUUAUCUCUACAGCCAGUGCUAUGAGUUGUCCACCAGCGAGUACAUCUACAGGCUCUGCCCUUUCAACCGCGUCUCUCAGAAGCCCAAGUUUGGCGGGUCGGAGACUAACCUGGGAUCCUGGGGCUCGUGGGCGGGGCCUGAGGAUAAUAAAUAUUUGGUUAUGAAAUAUGAACAUGGAAUGGGGUGCUGGCAGGGGCCCAACAGGUCAACCACUGUGAAGCUGACCUGUGGUAAGGACAGUACCGUGGUCUCCACCUCCGAGCCCAGUCGCUGUGAGUACCAGAUGGAGUUCACCACACCUGCCGUCUGUCAGGAGCCCCCCAACCUGGACGGCCCACCCCACGACGAGUUCUAGAGCCUCUCUAUAGCUCACUGCACUGGGACCAACCCCCCAGGGACCCACCCCCUCCCCGGGCCUCUCUCACCCGCCCGGACCCCCCCCCCCCCCCUUCAACCUACAGCAGGCACAACCCUGUGUCCAAACCAUCGUUACUGACUGUCUUCACUGCAAGGGGCUCACGCACAUUCCUCUCCAUGGUAACGAGGCCUGUUUCCUGUCAUGUGCUCACUGAAUAAAGAUUGGUGUUUUCACCCCGUUCCCUGGA